CGGGCGGGAGGCUGUGCGCGUGCGCGUGCGCGAAUGCAGCACGGCCGCCCCGCCCGUCGCCCUAUCCCGGAGUGACUGCGCACGUGUGGCCUGUGAGUGGAAGGUCCCGGUUGCCAAGAUUAUAGACGAUUUGUGAAAUGAGUGACUCUGAUGAUGAAGAUAUCCCCCAGCUGUCUUCCCAUGCCUUAGCAGCCCUCCAGGAAUUUUAUGCUGAGCAGAAACAACAAAGUGACCCAGGCAGAGAUGAUAAAUAUAAUAUUGGAAUAAUAGAAGAGAACUGGCAGCUGAGCCAGUUUUGGUACAGUCAGGACACUGCUUUGCGACUUGCAACAGAAGCCGUUGCAGCUGCUGGAGAACGUGGCAGAAUAGCCUGUGUGAGCGCCCCCAGUGUUUACCAGAAACUGAGAUCCCUACACAGAGAAGACAUUUCUGUAUACAUCUUUGAAUAUGACAAAAGAUUUGCCAUAUAUGGAGAGGAGUAUAUCUUCUAUGAUUACAAUAAUCCAUUGGAUUUACCUGAAAAAAUUGCCACACACAGUUUUGACAUCGUAAUAGCGGAUCCCCCCUACCUUUCCAAGGAGUGUCUCAGAAAAACGUCAGAAACCAUCAAGUAUCUGACUCAGGGCAAGAUUCUGCUGUGCACAGGUGCGGUCAUGGAAGAAGAGGCAGCAAAACUUCUUGGCGUGAAGAUGUGCAAGUUUAUUCCAAAACACACCCGGACCUUGGGAAAUGAAUUUCGCUGUUAUGUGAAUUACGAUUCUGGGCUAGACCGUGAAAUCUAAAUGCAGGUGCCUCUAGAGCUUGGGAUGCUUUUGCCAACUUGAAUCCAUUGAAUUAGAGUGGGAGAAAUCUUAGAACCUAUCUAAAGUCUGCUCUCCUCUCCUAUGAAUACGUAAAAAACUGAGGUACUAACAGCUUAGCGGCUUGGCCAAGACCUGAAUUAGGACCUAGGCCUCUGCCUCAGGCCAUCUGCCCCCUUCAGAUGGGCCCAUUCUGACUCCACCCAACGGCCUGCCCGUUCUUCACAGCCGCUUUCCUGGGGUGUCAUAGGACUUGUGAAGGGUCCCAUCAUCUGCUCCAGCGCCUCAAGGAGGAACAGCUUGUCUCCAUGAGAGAAGUUGGUAAUCCUUAGAACUAGUAUCUGAAAGCCUCCUGGAUGUUUCCUCCUCUUCAAGGCCCAGGUGCCUUCUGCACACAUAGCCCCUGCACCCUCAGCAAAGCCACAGCAAAUGCUCCAAGCCCCUGAGAAACGGAAACUGCCAUCUACCAACCAGACGCUACAGCAGAAGGAGGUGAGAAGCAUGCUAGACUGUUAGAUUUCAGAAAUGAGACAUCAUUCAUCCCCACCACAGAACAGUAAUUACUGAUACCUGCAACUUGGAUUUCAAGACCUUGUCCUGAGUGACAGAAGCCAGUCCCCAAAGUUUCCAUACUUCGUUUUCAUCUAUGUAAUAUUCUAGAAUGGUGAACAGAUUGGUGGUCGGCAGAGGCUAAGAGGCGGUCCGGUCCAGGGAGGAGGGCGGGCGGGCCCAGGAAAGGGAGAGCUUAGGGAAGCUGGAGCACGUCUGCAUCUUGUCUGUGCAAAGCUUACACACAGCUCCACAGAUGGCAUUACUCAGCACACACACUUGCACACACGUGUGAACUCUGAGUGAGGUCUUUGGGCAGUUUGCGAUGUCCAGCUCCUGGUAUUCUGUGCUUGGUUAAGAUGUUCUCAUUGUGGGCAAGUGGGUAAAAGACACACAAGACCUCUCUGUAGUGUUCUUGCAAUUCCCUGUGAGUUUAGAAUCAUUUCAAAAUAAAAACAUAAAAAGGGGGGGGGGGAAUAACACUUACCUACCUCAGAUGACUUGCUUUGCUAACAAAACAUGAAAGGAAGUGCCAAGUAGAGCUUUCAUUUUCUGACAUGACUGCCAAGGAUUUUCCACACACAAGCGCUCUGGCUGUCCAGGUGCUUGAGUGAACGGUGGGCCUGCAGUGGAUGUGGGGAGGGAGCAGGAAGUCUGCUCUUGAAAAUCAGAGACUGUGGGAUAGUUACUGCAGUGAAAACCCAGCCUGUCCUGGAGAGUCUGGUACCCCGGCACCUGUGCUCAGGAAAUGGGGGUAGGGGGAACCUGCUUACUGUCUGUUCGUUCUUACCCUCGAUGGUCCUACUUUGGGAUAAUUUUCAAUUUACUUUAAAAAUCACUUGGUAUUUUUAUGAGACAUUUAUAUUUUAUCAGUAUGUCAGCACCUGGCACAUGUGAAGUAUUCAAUAAAUGUUCUUUAAAAAAUA